GGUCCGAGAAGGCUGUGCCACAGAAAUGGCCCUAAGAAUGCUCUGGGCUGGACAGGCCAAGGGGACCCUAGGAGGCUGGGGGAUCAUCUUCUUGCUGGUGUCUCUACUCCUGCAGUACCCAGCAGUCCACAGCAAGUGUUACUUCCAAGCUCAAGCUCCCUGUCAUUAUGAGGGGAAAUAUUUCACCCUGGGUGAGUCUUGGCUCCGCAAGGACUGUUUCCAUUGCACCUGUCUGCAUCCUGUCGGUGUGGGCUGCUGCGACACGUCUCAGCAUCCCAUUGACUUCCCUGCUGGAUGUGAGGUUCAUCAGGAGACAGGAACCUGCCAAUUUUCCUUGGUGCAAAAAUCUGAUCCUCGGCUACCCUGCAAAGGCGGAGGGCCCGACCUAGAGUGGGGCUCAGCUAACACCCCUGUUCCUGGGGCUCCUGCUCCCCACUCCAGCUAGACUCACCUGAUCAUCCAUCUGCUGACUGCUCACUGCUGCUGCCAC